GUUACGGAUACGAAGGCGGGCUGUAGGGGAGAAAGAGCCGGCGCGUGGACUUGGUGUCGUGGAGCCCUGGAAGAUGGCGGCAUCGCAGGCGGUGGAGGAGAUGCGGAACCGCGUGGUUCUGGGGGAGUUCGGGGUUCGCAACGUUCAUACCACGGACUUUCCCGGUAACUAUUCGGGUUACGACGAUGCUUGGGACCAGGACUGCUUUGAGAAGAACUUCCGUGUGGAUGUGGUACACAUGGAUGAAAACUCAUUGGAGUUUGACAUGGUGGGAAUCGACGCAGCUAUUGCCAAUGCUUUCCGGCGAAUUCUUUUAGCAGAGGUGCCAACAAUGGCUGUGGAAAAAGUUCUGGUGUACAACAACACAUCCAUUGUCCAGGAUGAGAUCCUUGCUCACCGUCUGGGGCUCAUUCCUAUUCUUGCUGAUCCUCGGCUUUUUGAAUUUCGGAACGAAGGAGAUGAAGAAGGCACAGAGAUAGACACUCUGCAGUUCCGGCUGCAGGUCAGGUGCACCCGGAACCCCCAGGCUGCUAAAGAUUCCUCAGACCCCAAUGAACUCUAUGUGAACCACAAGGUGUACACUAGGCACAUGACAUGGGUCCCCUUGGGGAACCAGGCUGAUGUUUUCCCGGAGGGUACCAUCCGGCCUGUGCAUGGUGACAUCCUCAUUGCUCAGCUGCGGCCUGGCCAGGAGAUUGACCUGCUCAUGCAUUGUGUCAAGGGCAUUGGCAAAGAUCAUGCCAAGUUUUCACCAGUGGCAACAGCCAGUUAUAGGCUUCUGCCAGACAUCACCCUGCUGGAGCCUGUGGAAGGCGAGGCUGCAGAGGAGCUGAGGCGCUGCUUCUCACCUGGUGUUAUUGAAGUGCAAGAAGUCCAUGGAAAGAAAGUAGCCCGAGUUGUUAAUCCCAGGCUGGACACCUUCAGCAGGGAGGUCUUCCGGCACGAGAAGCUUAAGAAGGCUGUGCGGCUUGCCCGUGUUCGGGAUCAUUACAUCUUCUCUGUUGAGUCAACAGGAGUGCUGCCACCGGAUGUGCUCGUGAGUGAAGCCAUCAAAGUGCUGAUGAGGAAGUGCCAGCGCUUCCUGGAUGAGCUGGAAGCUGUGCAGAUGGACUGAGGUUCCUGGGGACCCCAAGGGGCUGGGAUUGCUGGACCCAUGGGACUCACUAGGGGGUCCCACUCCAGCUUUUUGAUUAUACAUUUUGUUAAAUGUGGCACAGAAUGAGUCUAUGCCUUUGUAAGGCUGUUGAUGUAAAUAAAUUUAUGUCCAAAAC